CAAUCAGAGCAGUUCGCGCCCUACGCUCGUGUGCGCGCCUUCAUCAACGUCUGAUAAUGGUGCCGAAGUAGCGUUCGCUAAACUACAACAAUAUUAACUACUUAAAUUCUUACCAAGCAAAAUUCAGACCAUAUUCCACGCGAACCGCGCCGCGCUCACAGCCAGUGUGGUUAUCGCUAAAAUAAAACAAAAUAAACAUUAUAUAAAACAACAAAAAGUGCAGUCCGGUUUAGUGCGACUUUGCGUGAAAAAUAAAAGCAAAUCCUUCUCGGCAGGAUACUGCGAUACAAGGUUAUGAACUUGUAAAAAUAAAUAUUCCAGAACAAAUAAAAAAUAUGUGAUUGGAAAUCAAUUUGCAGCUUAAGACGUUUAUAAUGCACCGACCGAAAGUGAUAGUUGUGUGACCCGUGUGCUAGAAAACUUACAUUAACCAAUAAUAUUUCUCCAACAUAGCGUUUCAGAACAAAUACUAAAGUAAUAGGAUUACAAAAAUGGACGGACGUUGGAUAGUUGCUGUCGUAGUAAUUGUGCACUUGGUGAGCUGUAACGACAAUUCCAUCGACAAUCCGACAACAAAUGCAUAUGAACCCACAUGGACAUACAACUGCGUUCCGGAUGCGGGCUGCCAACGAUCUGAGCGUCCACAGCCAGGCAGUCGUGGGAACGUGUCUAGUUUGACGUACGACAGCAUCGAUCUGUGCAGGACUGUCUGUGGCAGGUUCGGUGGCCUCUGGCCUAGGCCCGUUACCGCUGCCCUGAGCAUGCAGACUGUGAAGAUACACCCUAACUAUUUAAGAUUUGAUCUCAGCAAUGCACCCGUGGAAACACGCGAGAUCCUAGUGAAGAUGACGCAAGUUACCACACAGAACCUUAUCGACGAAUGUGACGGCAACGUUACCGAGAUCGUCGAGACGCCUGUCGUUGUUUACAUCACGGUGAAGACGACCGAUCUGGACCUCACUUGGGAAACAGAUGAGCAAUAUCGCUUGGACGUGCAAAGUAAAGAGAAAAACGCCGUAAUCCAUAUUUUUGCAGAAACAGUAUAUGGUGCUCGUCAUGGUCUAGAGACAUUUAGUCAAUUGGUUUCAGCAGAUAAGUCAGAUUAUGACGAACAAUACAAAUGUAGCCUUCGUCUGGUUUCCGGAGCUAAAAUAUGGGACAAACCAGUGUAUAAACACAGGGGCUUCAUGCUGGACACAUCGAGAAAUUUUGUUUCGAUGGACGAUAUUAAGAGAAUGGUAGAUGCCAUGGCAACAGUUAAGAUGAACGUAUUCCACUGGCACGUUACAGAUUCCCAUAGUUUUCCAUUGGAAUCAAAACGUGUCCCUCAAUUUACAAGGUAUGGUGCGUACUCUGCUUAUGAGAUUUAUUCAACGGAGGAAGUCCGAGAGUUCAUAAAUUAUGCUCGAGUGCGCGGAAUUAGAGUUGUCAUAGAAAUCGACUCGCCCGCGCACGCAGGAAACGGCUGGCAGUGGGGGAAGGAAUACGGCUUCGGUGACCUCGCUGUGUGCGUGAACGCUAAAACUUGGCGUAACUUGUGCAUUCAGCCGCCGUGCGGACAACUCAACCCCGCCAACCCCGCCAUGUAUCGCAUCUUGAGAGACCUUUACCGGGACUUGGCCGAAACCUUACCUAAACCUGCCUUGUUCCACAUGGGAGGGGAUGAGGUAUUUUUCAACUGUUGGAACUCCUCCGAAGAGAUAACUUCUUACAUGCAAAGCAAAGGUUACGAGAUAAACGUGGAAGGAUUCAUCAAACUGUGGGGUGAGUUCCACGAAACUGCUCUCAAGAUUUGGGAUGAGGAACUGGCGGCUGUGGGGCAAACUGAAAAGCAGCCUGUCAUGAUUUGGUCUUCGGAACUCACGCAGACCCAUCGGAUACAGAAGUAUUUAAAUAAAGAUCGAUAUGUGAUAGAAGUCUGGGAACCUAUAAGUAGUUCACUAUUAACGCAACUAAUAAGGAUGGGCUACAAGACCAUAUCCGUUCCCAAGGACAUCUGGUACCUGGACCACGGAUUCUGGGGGAACACCAAGUACUCCAACUGGAGGAGAAUGUACGCCCAUACUUUGCCACGCGAUCCCAACAUGUUGGGGGGAGAAGUCGCCAUGUGGAGUGAAUAUGUAGACUCACAAGCGUUGGACACGCGCGUGUGGCCGCGCGCGGCGGCCGUGGCGGAGCGGCUGUGGGCAGACCCGGCGAGCGGCGCGGCCACGGCGGAGGUGCGGCUGCAGCGCGUGCGCGCGCGCCUCGCCGUGCGCGGCGUGCGCUCCGACGCGCUGGCGCCCGCCUGGUGCGCGCAGCACGACCUGCGCUGCGUGUAGCCGCGUCCCCCCCCUUGGGACACUACAUAAUGUUGUUCAUUAAAUGUGUGUCUCAUAUUUCAUGAAUGUUUCUUAUUUCUACGGAUUGAACGCGGUGGCGAAAAUCAAAUGAAAAAACAUCGAAACGUCUGAUGUGAAAAUGGAAAAUCGCCUUUCAUGGAGACGAGGGGACUUAUUUUAUCAGAAUCUUGCCGUUGUAAAACUGCCCUGACGAGGAAACCGUAAGAAAUAUUAUUAGGUUAUAAGAUUGUUGAAAAUAAUAUAAAGUAGUAAAACCAAAAUUACUACGAUUAACGGAAAGCAAAGAUUUCCAAUAUAUAGUUGAAUAUCCUAAGUGUGAUGUAACUGAGUCAAUGACGAUUCUUUGUUUCUGCCACAGGGCUGUAUUUAUGGAACCCGAACAUCUAACUUGUUUCAUAGAAUAUGUAUUACUAUAAAUUUCCCAUUUUCAUAACAAUAAUGUAAAGUUAAAAUCUACUUUAAAUCUAAAAACUAAUCUUUUUUGAUUUAUCAGCUCCUAAUUAUUUUGUAUUUUUUUCCAAAACUGAAAUCAAUUUAUAUUUAAGUAAAAUACUUAAGAACGUAAAUAAAAGACAAUAAAGGCAGUCAUUACUGCCUAAGAUCCCGAGCGAUCUCAUAUUUUUAAUAUAGUUAAAUUAAUUAUAGUGUUCAAUUUUAUAUAAAUGUUUUAAUGUCUAAGUUUGAUAUAACGAAAUUUAAUUAUUUGUAUUAUUUAUUGAAAUUUAAAAUAAUGGAAGAAAAAAUGUAAAUGCGAAAAAUCGUUUAAAAGUAAUUUAUUAAGUGGUUUACGGCGAAGUGUACACUCGGUUUUGUCCGUUUAAAUUGAAGCGAUCUCAUAAGAUUUUACAGCCAAAUGUUGAAACGACAAUCAUCGUAACACACAAAACCGCCAAGUACUGCCUCAGGUUAAUUAAUGGCUAAGAAACCUUUAUACUGACAAAAUAAAAUGAUUUUUCUAAA